AUGGGGAGAGUUUGUAUCGAGAGCCCCAAUCCACUGCACCCCUGCCUGCCUGCCCGCUCCCUCGCUGGACACCUGCCUGGAACCAUAGCCCAGAGUGCACGACAUCCUCAUACUAUGAGACAGCUGAACAGUGUCCCCUCUCACACGUGCCUGAAGGACAGAACCUACCUCAGAGUUCCUUGGGAAAGAUGGACCGUCACCCAAAUCCAGAAGAUACAAAGCCCCUGUUUCUACCACAAGAUGUUCCUGCAAGUCUUCAACCCCUUCGGCACAGACCACAGCCAGGCUGCCUGGAGCCACGCCGCCCUCCAUGACCUCCUCUCCAGCCUUCAUCGCUGCCUGGGACACCGGAAGCCUAGGGAAGAAGAUAACCCUGUCUGUCUGUGUCUGGGGAUCGUGGUCCGGAAGGACUUCCAAAGCAUCCAUCUCUACCUGAAGGAGAAGAAACACAGCCGCUGUGCCUGA